GUUCAUUCGCUCAUUCAUUCACUUCAUUUGUUUCUGCAUUGAAACGCGUUCUGUAUAUUGUUUUGAUAAAGCUAUCUAAAAUAAAAAAAUAUUUCAUUAAUUUUUUAAAUUUCUAUAAGUUUAAGUGAUGGCUAUGCAACCACACAGUAAGAAAAGAGUCUGCUACUAUUAUGAUAGUGAUAUUGGGAAUUACUAUUAUGGACAAGGUCAUCCCAUGAAACCUCAUCGCAUACGCAUGACACAUAAUUUACUUCUAAAUUACGGCUUGUACAGAAAAAUGGAAAUUUAUAGACCACAUAAGGCGACAGCUGAUGAGAUGACAAAGUUUCAUUCGGAUGACUACAUUCGCUUCCUGCGCUCCAUCAGACCGGAUAAUAUGUCUGAAUAUAACAAACAAAUGCAGAGAUUCAAUGUUGGUGAAGACUGUCCAGUGUUUGACGGCUUGUAUGAGUUUUGUCAAUUGUCUGCUGGAGGUUCUGUUGCCGCUGCUGUUAAAUUAAAUAAACAGGCAUCAGAAAUCUGCAUCAACUGGGGUGGUGGCCUUCACCACGCAAAGAAGUCGGAAGCAUCAGGUUUCUGCUAUGUAAAUGAUAUUGUACUUGGCAUAUUGGAGUUACUGAAGUAUCAUCAAAGAGUACUGUAUAUUGAUAUUGACGUACACCACGGUGAUGGGGUCGAGGAAGCUUUUUACACCACAGACAGAGUAAUGACUGUCUCCUUCCAUAAGUAUGGGGAAUACUUCCCUGGAACAGGUGAUCUCCGGGAUAUCGGUGCCGGCAAGGGCAAAUACUAUGCUGUGAAUAUUCCCUUGCGUGACGGUAUGGACGAUGAAUCAUACGAGUCAAUUUUCGUACCCAUCAUAUCCAAAGUCAUGGAGACCUUCCAGCCGAGUGCGGUGGUACUUCAAUGUGGAGCUGAUUCACUUACUGGUGAUAGAUUGGGCUGUUUUAAUUUAACAGUCAGAGGUCACGGCCGAUGUGUGGAGUUAGUAAAGCGAUUUGGCCUACCUUUCCUUCUUGUGGGAGGUGGAGGAUAUACGAUCCGCAACGUGUCACGGUGCUGGACAUACGAAACAUCAGUAGCACUAGGCGUUGAGAUCGCUAACGAGCUGCCCUACAAUGACUACUUUGAAUACUUCGGUCCGGACUUCAAACUGCACAUAUCACCCAGCAAUAUGUCCAAUCAGAACACUCCAGAGUACUUGGAGAAGAUUAAAAAUAGGCUCUUUGAGAAUCUACGGAUGUUGCCGCAUGCACCUGGUGUACAGGUACAAGCCAUUCCAGAAGAUGCGGUAAAUGAUGAGUCAGAAGACGAAGAUAAGAUUGACAAAGAUGAAAGGCUGCCACAAAGUGAAAAGGAUAAACGCAUUACGGGUGACGGCGAGUUGUCAGACUCUGAAGACGAGGGUGAAGGCGGGCGGCGCGACAACCGCUCGUACCGCGCGCCGCAACGUAAGAGGCCCCGUCUCGACAAGGACGGCUCGCAGAUCAAAGACGAAAUUAAAACUGAAGAUAUAAAAGAUGACGUGAAGAAUGUGAGCAGUGUAGAGGAACCAAAAAAGGAAGUGCCACCCAAUCCCUGAUGCGGGCGUUAAGUGAUCAGUUUGAUACUAAUCCCUGAUUGCACAAGUGUCUAGACUAUAAUAUGGCGAUACAGUCAUAUUUUGACCAUGUGCUAUAUAUGUGAACUCAUGAAGUUUGAUCCAGGUUGAACUGUAUGAUGUUAACAAUAUUUUCCUAUGUCUUAGUUAGUAUGUAGUAUAAUAAAUAUAAAUGAUAAGAUGCACUAAAUGGCCUCUGUAUUGUAAUUCUUACAUAGCAUAUUGUGAACACAAUAUGUUCGUAAAUUGUUUAAAAAAAAUAUAAGUAUUAAAUUUUUCCGUAAAUGUUUACUUUUAUGUGAGUAUAUAAUUAUUUCAAAGGGUAAACUAUUUAGAUCAUUUUCAAAACCUUAAAAUUUCGCUUUGUUGUAUUCUUACACUUUUUUUUUUAUAUAUUUUUUCGGCAAAAUCAACGCUAAAAAUAAUGUCUUGAAUCAAUGAUAUAUGUCUCCAUAAAUUCAUGUAUUGAAUCCAAAUAUAUAAAGCAUGCAACCAAUAAGGAGCAGGUGUUGCAAUUUACAAAAUUAGGAGUAAAUUUUAUAUAUAUGUUGAAACUACAACUGUAUAUAUGAAGGCUAUGUAAAUGCUCUUGUAAUAAAACUUCUGUUGUUGAAAUCAUUCAAAUUGGAAUUGUCUGAAGAUUGAUAUAUUCAGUCAGGAUCGAUGUAGGUUAUAUUAAAUAAUUAAAAGAUUGUAAUAACAACUCUUGAUAAGUAAAUCUCUGCAUAUUUAUAAGAGUUUUGACAUUUGAUAUACUUACAGUUUCGAAUAAAUAAAUCUAGUGAUAAGUUGUUUUGACUAUAACUAGGAUCUCGAAUUUAUUAUCAAAAUGAGAUUGGUACUUGUAUGGUUUUUGUCACUAGACAUUGCCACUGUUAAGUGCUUCAAUACACUCAUAAGAAAUUAACUAAAAUCCAUUUUAUAAACAAGGUAUAUACCAAAUAUGUAAUGCACAAGUUAAAAAGGCGUAUUAUUUCUAUUAAUUGUUUAGAUCUAUACAAUUUUUGUGUUAGAAUUAGGUCAGUACCGAUAGAUAUUGUAUAAAAUAAAUAAUACAUUAAAAACUGUAAAGGAAAUGCGGACGGCAAAACAUUUAAAAAUUCAAUUCCUAUUGCCAUGUGUCCGAACUAUGGGCAUAAGUUAGUGAACACACAGCAUGUUUGCGUGUUUGAUAUUUUCAAUUCUAAGUCUUGCAUUCUGACUAAACUGAAAUAUGUUUUAAUUUUCCAUUUUGUAAAGUUUAUACUUCUUACGGAAUCUUUAUUUCAAAAGCAUUGAAAUAGUUAAAUAAUAUUUUUAACAAUAAAAUAUUUUUAUUGUUAAAAAUAUUAUUCUAAUUAUAUAAUUAUAAUUAAUAGAGUGGUUUUAAAUAAAUAGGAAAUAAGCAAUAAAAUGUAAGAGAGUAAUACAUAUAAAUGAAUUAACACAUAUAUUUUGACGUACGUAAAACAGCAUGUUAAAUUUAAUAGUAUUAGUUUAUCAUUAGCCAAGAAGAAAACAGGAUUAUGUUUGCAUACUAAAAGUCAUCCGCAUUUCUUCUUAAAUAUAGAAAUGAUAUGAAUAUAAAAGAAUUUCAAAUAGCCUUCCCAUUGUGUAUGUACCUCUAUAAGGUGUAAUAAAUGUUGUCAACUUAAAAUUAAUCACAAUAUCAUCAAAUAUAAUUAUCUAAUUAUAGUUCAUUUAAUUUAAAAUUCUCAAUGUAAGUAGAUAGGUAUAAUUUACGAUUAGCGGAUGAUUGUAACUUCUAAUCUGGGCUCUAAAUCAAAUCUAUUUUCCUUUAAGACCUACACAUUUAUAAUAAAUUAUUUUCUUAAAUGUAAUGGUAAGGCAUAACCAGAGAUUCUAGUAACAUUUCCUUCAAUGAACUUGGAAAUAUAUAGAGAUUACGAUCUAUUAGUAAAAAAGCUGUGUAUGUAGCAAUAUAAUCGAGAAAAAGAAUAUGAAUGAUAUGAAUAUCACUUAGACUGAAGUUUCAUAGUUUAAAAUACAUACAUAUAAUUUUCUUACAGGAAUUGUGUAGAAUUUAUAUAUAUACUAUAAAAUUGUAAGUAAUUCUUAGUUAUUAAUAUUAGAAUUAUCAUAAAACCACCAAAUUUUGAGCUUCUUUUUAUGUAUCAUAUUUUAAUAUCCGAAUCUCGAGGAAUAUAACGAUCUAUGAAUACAAGGAGCAUAUCUAGAGCUACGCAGUAUAGUAGUACAAUAUAGUAAUUAGGUAGUUUUUGUUUGUGAUAUUAUUGAACAGACGAUUUUCAUAUGUUUAUUCAAUUCCACUGACGACUGAUUGACAUUUAAAACACUUGUGAGUAUUGAUAUAACCUAUUUGCGAAGUAUUCAAUUUUCUGCACUGAAUGUGAAUAUACUUGAAUAUCCUUUCAUUAUGUAGUUGUAGCUCCGUAUGACACCAAAUUUCAUGUGAAGAAACUUCCAUUUCUCCAACAGUAUGUGGUGGUCAUCCAACAAUGUGAUUAAAUUAAACAGGUCACUCUUGUAAUUGUGCCGAUUUUAUAUAUGUAUACGGAUAAAACUGUAUGUAGAAAUUAAAAGAAAAAUAGUUGCUAUUUAUUAAACGUGGGAGACAAAUAUUGAAAAAAAAAAAUCCAUCUUAUUAAUUUACCGUUAGGAGGAAUAUUUGUAAUCCAUCACGUAUGAGACUCGUGAGCAAUUGUUCAGAUGUUAAAUGACUUUCUUUCGCGGCACGUUUUUUUCCUUUAAUUUUCUGCCAGCCAAGACCACAUUAAGCAAAGAUAAUUUCGUAACAAUAAUAAGAGUAUAUGCACCUUACGUAGUCUUUUAAGGAUACAUUUUUUAGAGACCCUAAAAGUUUUUCUACAUUCACGAACAACACAAUAUACAAAUACGAAGGUAAGUUGCACGAUGACCCCAUGCUGAAAGAAAAGUUAAGGAAACACGAUAUUGGUUAUGACUGUACAACAAGAUAAAUAGAUUUCAAUUAAUAUAAUAGUAAAUAACGUAUGCUUGAGUAAUACUUUUUAAACAAAGUAACACUGGUGACAUUUAUUUUGUUCUAAAACCGACUACUAUCAACGUAGUGUAUAUUAUUGUAAUUGGUGGUAUUAGUGUAAAUAUUUUUUUUACUGUUAAUUAAAUAAAAUGUGUCGAAAUAGA